AGCUAGGGAGUAUAUCAAUGAAUGGCCUUUGUAUUAAUAACCCAAGUUUGACCAUGAGCGAUCGCGAACGAAAUGUCCGUGUGAGUUUCAAAUUAUCUCGGGAAGCUGCGAUAAAAUUGCGAGAAAUUGCGCUCACGAAGAGCGAGCUGCUAUGUAAUCUUGGUGUAUUAGCCGUACAAUUGGGUAACGAAUCGCAAAUUUGCAUAUCGUCUGCUUUGAGCUUCGAGAAUGGUGCGCGCACCGCGGCGAAUAAUAAUACGGGGAAAGCACAAAACCGACGCGUCGAUAAAGAGAAGGAAUCUUUAAAGAAUUCUAGCAAAAUUACUAAAUUGGACCACAGCACUACUAAAAGACUUUCACAUGUUGACAGAGGUGUGCGACCUGUGGAUCAAGCCUUAGCGCGCGCUACUGCCGAUUCUGUGAUAAUUUCCGAUAUUUUGCCUUCCAUGAGUACCCUAAACAAAGCCGCACUCAUGAAUAAAACAUCAAGCCAGGAGAACAGUAGAACCGCGCACGAAAUUCACGCAAAUUCAAUCCAAGAAUCCUAUAAUACCACGCGUAAUUUAUGCCCGUCAUUUGUGGAAAGUAACACCACUGAAAAUCAGGUGGGGAUGAAAUCUAUUUCAUACAAUGGUGUUAUCAAAUUCAACGCAAAGGACGCAAUUUCUCAGGAAGUCGAAUCCUACAGAAACGCAUUGUUUGAAACACAACCAUCAAAGAAAGAUAUCAAGAACGCUAUAAAACCAGCCGGUAAAAAUUCGAAGGAUGAUACGGCGUGUGUUGGCAACGAAAUUCAAGACGAUCUGACCAAACGUAGCGUAAACAUAGAUAGUGUUUCGGCUAACACUUUGAAAUAUGCCAAGGACAUGACUGUUUGCCAAGAUUCGAAUCCACUGCUUAAAACUAACCAAGAUCACCAACAGACGAUUAUACGCAAAGCUAAGACAUCCGCUCAAGACUUGCCUAAAGUUUCAGCCAAUAAUAUCGAUUCUGAUAGACAAAAAUAUGACAAGACAGACAUUAAAAUGGAUUCUACUUCACUGAAUGAACAUGAUAGUAUGUCUAAUAUGACAGAUUCAUUUGACUGCAAUGUAAACAAUGAUAUACCAACAUUUCCUGGCCAUGGUAUUUCGUUUGCACAGCAUUUGAUAAACCUCAGCAAACAGUAUCGUUUGGAAAACGAGAAAUCGCCAACUGGUUUAGCAAAUGAAAAGUUUUUCGAGGCGUCGAGAUUUGUUAGAAAUGACCAUGUUUUGAGGUGUUUUACGACAGGAAACGAGAAACAGGAGGAUUUUAUGGGAUUUUCUGGACAAAAUGCGCUGUUAUUUGAUGGCAGUUAUAGUACAACGACUGUGAAAAGUGCUGAGGAAUUAAGUAAAGAGCAAAGCGAGGCCUCGCCAACUAACUUGGAUUCAAUGUCCGAAACGUCAGCAGAUUCGCUGUUCGAGGACGCACGUUUGGGAAGCGUUGAUGAAUUGAGGUACAGUACAUCAUAUCAUUUAUCAGGGCAUUUUCGGUUCAACCGUAGUAUACCAUACCUAUUGCUGCAUCUCUUUCAUUUCUUGACCUUGGAUUUUCCAACACAUGAAUUAAAGUUCUCCUUUUGGAUUUAUUAAUUAAAUUAAAGAGCGAGAAAUUUAACUUUGUUCUGGUAUUUUCUAUGCGAGAUUAAAAACGUGGUAUUCAGGCCCUUUAAAUUUUGAGUAAUUAAUUAACAAGGCGCUAAUUUGACGGGUCACUCAAGCUCGGAUUUAACAAUGUUGGCCAGAUAUCAAUAAUUUGGUUUAAUAUUAACUGCUUAUUUUUCGAAUUUUUUUGGUGAAUCAAAUUCAAAUUGAAAAUACUUGGAAAAACCUCAGCAUAAACGAUUAUUUGAGAAUUGUUAAAUCAAGAUUGUAUGGUGCAUAAUAAAAAAGGGCAUUAUAAGCAUAUUAACCCAUUGAGAUGCAGCACUCUUUCGGAGUAAAAUAAUAAAAUACGGUGCAUCAGGGUCCAUUCCACCUAAAGGAUUAAGAUUCAUUGCUAUUAAUAGGUAGGUUAAGGAUUCCUGGGAUGGAUCCAGCCAGAUAGAUGAGAGGGAGCUUCUCAAGGUAGUUCAAAAUUGAAACCAGAGUUUGCUGUAGUUUGGAAUUAAUGUUCUGGUUAGGAUUGGGGUUAGGUUUAGGGUUAGUUUUAGGGUAAGGUUUGUGGUAAGGUUUAAGAUUGUUAUUAGUGCCUGAAAAAUAGCCACCAUCUUGAAAACCUACCUCUCGUCCAUCUUCUUGAGUUUAGCAAUGACCAGUCACUAGAGGGACCUUACAUUACAUUACAUACAUAACAUUAUUCAUCUCACUCCCCAUUGGGGCUUUUCAGUGACUGAUUACAUCAAGUAUUAUGGUACGCUUACUUAUGUUACUUUAGCCUGGACUAUUUAUCUUUACAGCAAUUGUAAUUACUUUCUUAACUGUGUUUAUUAACGUUAUCCUUUCCCACCCUGUCAACUUUCCCUGUGGAAGGAAACUGGAUUGCCCAGAGAAAACUCACAAGACAUCCUUGACAGACUUGUCCUUGUUACUACAGUAUCCCAUUUUGUCUCUAGUUCAUUUAUGUUUUUGUAAUUGCUUUUCCAAAUCCAAAAAAGAAUUUGAUAAAGAAAUAGACACCCCUAGGUCUAGAUUUAUGAAUAGCAUUGUGUUUAAUAUCAAAGGGAAAUACCUUUGUGUUCAAAAUUGGAGUAUUGCAACAAUAAAAUUAGAUCGCUGACCAACCACAUUGGUGCAAGUGCUCAAAUUUCUUUGCCAAAUUUUCUUUGCAUACUUGGCAUACGAAAACUUGUUCGUCUGUAACCGGCUUAAUAUAAUGUCUUAUCCAAAACUAGAAUGAUAAAUGUAAUGUUUCUAUUUUAGUUUGUCACCGUCUUCGAAUGAAAACGUCCCCAUAUCAAGCGAAGAUAACUCGAGGGGUACAUCACCAGCUGCUAUUGAAAACAAACAGUUAGAUAACCAACACUUGCAAGUGAAACAAGAAAAACACAAGAGAAGAAUGAAAUGUAAGUAUAACACCAUGCUAGUUUCCCCAUUGAUGGUACACUUCGGAAAGUUCGUCAUCUUGACUGUAGAGCGUUGUUUUCGUGAUUGAUGCUUUCGGCUUGAGAUAAUGCCGCACACGAAACCGAGGCUCUAUAGCCAAAGUGACAUGCUUUCCGGAAGAGUGUAAAUUGUUACAGGUUACUUGUUACAUUUGUUGUAAGGGACUGGUCAUUAUUUAUGGCGGGGGUGGUACCGAAGAGAAAUGUUUUUCUUGGUAAAUAUUUUUCUGAGCCAACCAUUAAAAUAUUUUAAAUUUUUUGUACCCAACCUCAACUAUCAAGUAAAAAAUAAGCACCAACCCCCUGCCAAAAACGUUACAACAGGAUACCAUUCAGUUGUCACACAUUCUCUUUACCACUUCUGUGACAUGUUUUUGCUUGUGCAAUUUUCUGCAGUCUAAAGUUUCAUGUUGUCUGCACAUGCACUUUCUUUGGAGACACGAUUUGCCUCCUGACAAAUCUCUGAUUGAUUUACAUAUUGUAUUUGGCACACAGUAUGACUGUUGACGUUGCUUUUGUAUUCUUCAUUAUUUGAAUGAGUCAUGCUUUGGAAAUGAGGCUAAAUUUGUAUUAACCAACCCUUUUGUGUUUCAUUUACCCAACCUUUUGCUCACUCAAAAUUUUGUUUACCCAACCUAUUUCUCUUCGUUGCCCUCCCCCCGCCAUAAUGACCGGUCCCUAAUUUUGACCGGUAACCGAUUUUUUUUCCAAAUGAACGGAAAAGGAUAAUUAAUUGACGUUAACCAUAUUUUGACAGUCUUACAUGUAGUCUUCUUCCAAGUGUUUUUUUGUUUAAACAUUUUUAUACAUUUAAAUAGUCUUCCCUUUCAAGUGUCUUUUUUGGUGCAGUUUCACUCUGCAACUAUAGCGGUCAACUAUAUACACUCGUAGACAACUGGUAGACAACUAAUUAUUAAGAGGCCACAUUAUAAAGCAGGCUAUAGCCCCGAUCAACGACGAUGAGAGUGCACAAGAAUUGGCAGUCACGCAACCUUGAUUAGCUGUUCUUAAUGCUUUCCCAACACUAUCAUACAUUCUGUGUUAAGUUAAAACAUAGUUGGAACACUCAUCAAACCUUUAUUUUGUUAAUCUAGAGCUUGAAAUACCCAACAAUUCGUGACUGCCAGUUCUCAUCAUUGCAUGAACUCGUAUCCUCGUUUCACCUUUUUUGCAGCAAGCAACGUUUCUUAUUUUUUUUCUAGACCAAAGACAUCUGAAAGGCCACAGCGGAAUCAUUUGCAAGCUAUGUAUGCAUCCAGUGUCGAAAUCAUACAGUUGCUAUAAGCUGGCUAACGCGCCGAAAGAGAUUAGGCAUUUAUUUGAUGAUGGAUCCCACUGCGUUAGAGUAUGUCGAAGAUGCUUGCCCUACAAGUCGCCAAAAAGCAGUGAAAAGAAUACACAGAAAAGACUGCAUAAGACAAUCGAAAAUCUGUUAAAAUGAGGGAAUUUUUCUCUUUUACUGCUAGCCUUCUUGGUAUCGUCUGACGUCUCUUCCAUUUUCAUGGAGUCCAAUACUCCAGCCUCUUCCAUAACUGUUCUAUUCCAAAAUCCACACCACUGAUCUCAGACCUAGUACUACAUAAGAGCAUCUGCUAUGCAUAAAUGAAACCAAUAGCAGCCAUAUUGGUGAGAGGUUCGUAAAGUUUCUAGUUAGUGGUAGAAAUAAAAAAAUAGUGCCUGGCGAGAAAUUGGCUAUUAGUAAUACACCAAUAUGCCUUCCAUACUAUAUAUUUUCAUCUCGUGUUUAAACGAUGUGAAACUCAUUAGAAGAGCGGUAGGAAGCUACAUGUAUAUCUUUCAAGUUACGUGUAGAACCUCUUCUGUAUUUUCUUGAUAGUAAGUCUAAUGUAAAGUGACUUCAAAAUUAAUUCCCUGAAUUCAAAAGUUGCUCUAUCCAGUCCUAGUUUCGAGAUCAGUCAUCCACCUAUGCACGAUCGGAAAUUGCAUCUUCUAUGCAGAGUGUGGAAGAGGAAUUUAAAUUCCUACCUCUAUAACUCAUAUUACUUUAAAAAUUACUAAAAAAAACCAUGUCCCCCCACCCCCAUUGUAUUCUUCGUAUUAACAUUCUUAUUUAUCGUAUCUUUUAACUCAUGAAUAUACACUUCAUGCAAACGUUUUUAUGAAUAAUUAAAAAUAAACAAUUUCAUUGUUCUUUGUGUAAUAAAAGUUUUGUUAAUCUAGUAAAAGUCAUUGAAAUGAAUAUAACUGAAACGCCACCUUCAGAUAAACUGCCUAUCUUUUUCUUGAAGCCAAAUCAAGACACGCGUGUUUAUACAUCGACUGAUUCAGCGCUCUUCGCGUGCGUGGAAAGACUGGGACUGGCCUUCAAAUUGACUUCAAAUUUCCGGAACGUCAUUGAGCUGUUAGAAGUACGCUUCUUUCACAAGCUUAUGGUGGCUUGUCUCCUUUUGGUCGUACAUAAUAUAAAAAUAG